UAUAUAUAUAUAUAUAUAUAUAUCUUGUAUAGAAAAAACCAUAGUCAAUCUGAUUAUCUUAAGUUUAUUCAUUAAUUAUUGACAUACGUCGUAUGUCGUAUUCGGUGAUAUAAUUAUGAUCGAGAUUAGAACAUGUACAAAAUAAAUACAAAUGGAUCGUCUUGGGAUUUGCAUUUCAAUUAAAACAUCCUCUGUACGACUCUUUUUAAAAAGCAUGUUUGUUUGCGUUCUGAUGUUGAAAGUGAUCAAUUAUAUCUUUCUGUUACGUGUGCUUCCCCUUUAGUAAUGACGCUGUAUUUUCUUUAUAAACUGAUAAGUGUUUGUAUAAAUUUCCUAGUCAUUCCGUUUAUAUUUUAUAUAGUAUGUCGUAUGGUUUCUGGUUAUGCACACACACACACACUUUAAGUUGUAUGGAGUUUUUCUUCCGUUCGAUGCUCUGUAUGUUUUUGACAACACUCAGUAAAUGUUCAGUUAUUCAGUUCGUUGUCUGUCUUGCAGCUAAAUUAAUGAUUAAUUUGCCAUAAAAUCUCGUUUGUUUUCUUUCCUAUCUUUGAUUAAUUUCGCUUUGCUUAUUGACAAUUUAUUUCAUUAAUAUCAUUUCAGAAACAACCAGAUGGCGGAGCUUUACUUAGACAAGGUAAUGCACUGAACAGUUCCGUGACUGGAGUUAGUGGUGUCUAUCCUACUACCACAUUAACUGGGACUGGGGCUGGACUACCGAAUAACAUUUACAAAGAUGUUCCUGAUUACACCUAUGAUUUAGUUUACGCCCAGACUUCGAAUGAAAUGUCACCUAGCACAGUUCCAAAUGUAAAUGAAUUACAAUAUAUGGAAUUGUCUUUCGAUCAUGUUCGUCCUGGUCGCAAUGCUAGUGUCAACUCAAGGAAAGGGCGUAUCGGCACUUCACUUGGUGGUGGUAAUGGUGUUGCUUCGUCUUCAAUGACUCUAUUCGGGACUAGUACACAACCAGCUCCACACCCACGACCAAUUGUUGCUUCUGUUCCACAAGGUCUAGAUAUUGUUGGAGAUGGGCUUGGCGAUAAUCGUUCAUCCAUUCAUCCUCGUGACGGUUAUUCCUCUGCUUUCGCUGAUCCAACGCAUAGAGACGAAUCAUCUCAUUACACUGAAAUUGUUGGUUUUAUGCAACCGAAAGCGCAUGCUUCUCAGUUGGUUCUCCAACAGCAACACGAAGCUACACAAGCGUUGUUAGCAAUGCAGCAGAACAAACCACGUGUUUUCGUUUAA